CAAAAUUGAGAUAGAUCGCGGAUAAAUAGUACAAAAGAAUGAAUGUGGGAAAGUAUAGCCAUUUGUUAUAAUAAAUAACAGGAAAAUAAUUGCUGUAGUGCUAUUUAAGGAAGUGGCUGUUGUAUAGUUUCAAUAAUUUUUGGAAGUACAACGUUAAAACAUAUAUCAAAACAUGUGGAAUUUAUAAUGGCAUCAAAUAGUGUAUCGUCGUCUCAUGAAAGGAGUGAUAUAAAAUGCUCGGCGUGUAAAGAACAAAAUAAAAAUACAUCAGCUGACAAAUAUUGCGUUGAUUGUCAGGACUACUACUGUUCCGAAUGUUUGAAACUACACGAAACACUUCCUGCUUUAAAGAGCCACAAACUACUUAAUACAGAUGAGGACAAAAUUGGUCAGCUUAAAAUGAUACCAACUGAAAAGUGUGAAAGACAUCAUUUUAAGACUGUUGACAUGUUUUGCCAAAAUCAUGACGAGGUCGGUUGUGCAACUUGCAUGGCAACGGAUCACAGAAACUGCAAAGAUGUUUUUUACAUUCCUGAAAUGAUAAAAACAUGCGAAGUUAAAGGGUGCGAAGAACGUAUUUCUUCUCUAGAGAAGAACUUCAAGGAGCUUCUUGACAGAUUUAACAACGAGGAUUUUUAUCUAAAGACAAACAAACAAUCGGAAAUCGACAAGAUAAAUUCAUAUGCAAAACAAAUUGAAGAUAUCAUCAAACAAGCUGCUCAAGACGCUAUCGUUCAAGUUGAAAAACAGUAUGAAAACCUGUGGUCAGAACUGAAAUGGAAUUAUGUCAAAAUCAGAGAUCAGUUUGAGAAGUUUUUAGCGGUUAAAGAAUGCAUUGAAACAACAAAAGAAAACAAAUCACAAGCAUUUGUGACUUUCAAACUAAACACAGAUGAAAUUGUUGCCAGUGAACAAGCGUAUGAAAAGGCUUCACAUAUUAAACUUGGACAAAGAUUUCGAUUUAAAAUAGAUCCCGAACUUAAAGAAAAACUAAUUGAGAACAGAAUCAUUUUAGGAAAUGUUAAGAUACAGACAUAUAGUUUUGUACAUAAAGGUAGUUAUAACAUACGCUUGACAUCAGACAAAAACGAUACCCAUGUAGAUGGAUCUUGUGUUCUAUCAGACGGUUCAAUCGUUUUAGCAGACUAUAACAAUAAAAACAUUAAACUGGUUGAUGUGAGAAAGCAACUGGUUGUAGAUGAGUUUAUAUUUCAGACCGUACCAACUGAUGUCUGUUCUAUAGAAAGAAGUUGCAAAAACGAGAUUGCAGUUUGUCUACCACAGGAACACAAAGUCUCAGUGAUCUAUAUAUUAAAUAAUAAAUUUUGCUCUGAUUUUGACAUCAAGUUAGAUUUUUACUGCUUUGGGAUAUUCUGCUUAGAUAAUAUUUUGUAUAUUUCUGACCCAGAGAAUAUACAUCUAGUUGAUUUUAACGGUAAAGUGUUAAGAACUGUCUCCGUAAACGUAAAGAGGCAUUUAAGCAGUCAUAGUCAACUUCAUAAUAUAUACGUUUGUAGUAAAAACAAAAACAUAUUUGCUUCUUGCCGUUUAUUGGAAGGAAGAAAACUUUUCUGUAUUAAUGAUAAUGGGGAGAUUAUAAAUAUAAUUUCAAAGGAGAAAGCAUGGUGUAGUGGCCUAGCAGAUGCUGGAAAUGGGAAAGUGUUUGCUUGCGGAAAUGAUUCGAAAAACGUUACACUUUUGAAUGAUAGGUAUGAAAUUGAAAAGGUCGUUAUCAAGGAUGGACUUAAAAAACCUAAUUCCAUGUGUUUUGAUUUCAAAUCAGGACGUUUGUAUGUUUCGCACGUUCGUGAAGAUAUUGUUGAUAUAUUUGAAGCUGACUAG